AUGUCAUCUACAGAUAUUGGAGCAACUCUCUUUGCUAGGCUAGUAGACAAUCAGUCGGACACUAUUCCGAUAAUUGUUAACUACUUGCCAAAAUGUAUGCUUCCAGAAUUAUUAGAUAUAUCUUCUGUCAGAAAUGCAGCAGCUUCUACUAUUCUAUCAAACGUGAAUAUUACAGAUUCAGUUUCUAGACACGAAAACAUUUAUGGAGAUGAUAACAGUUACAACAAAUGCAAAUGUGUUCAAUUUGACAUUGAACCAGCUAACCUAAAACGGGGUGUAGAUCAAUGGGGUAUUUACCCAACAAAGAUACACUUUGAUGGUAUGGAACAAUUUCAAAAUAUUUUCGAAAAUUUCCCAGAAGUUUUGCAAAAUGCUAGGAGCAUAAACGGUUCAUUUUAUUGUUUAGAAGGGGAAAAUUCAAAAAGAAUUUUACGUGAGAUGGUUUCUUCUAAUGUUAAAUUUGAGGUUUUGAAACUAUUUGAAUUUGGGGAUAUGGGUUCUGUGCCCCUUUUUGUCAAAGAUCUUGAUCUUGUCAACACCAAAUUGGACACAACCUGUAUUUCUGGGUUGCAGAGAUUCUAUUCCAAUACUAAAAAAAUAAAUACACCGCUCUUGAAUUAUUCCUUUAUAUCUCGUUUGGAGCAAUUGAGUAUCACAACUAACACACCUACUGAAGUAAGCUUACCUCAAAGUUUACGGAAAUUGACUGUUGAUUCAUGUAAUGGAACAAUAUCUCUUAGUUGUGAAGAAUCAAACAAUUUAAAAGAAUUGUUGUUUCGUUCAAUGAAUACAAAAUCUUUUGUUGAAACCGGGAUAAUGGCACCCAAUUUAAAAGUGUUGCGCUUAGCAAACUGUUAUGAUUUAACUGACUUUGAUAGCUUGAAAGGAUUCACACAAUUAGAAGAACUAAGCAUCAAGGAUACGAUCUAUCCAAUUGGGUUAUUUGAUGCGAUAUCCUUCCCCAAAUUGAAAAGUUUUACCUAUGGAGGGGUCGAAAAUCUUUUCGAGAGUUCACAUGUUUGGCUCUCUUCAGAAAGCUUACCUGAGGAGUUUAACAAUCCAAUAUUAAAAUUCCCUCCAAACUUGACACUGUUGCACAUUGAAGAUGCUGAUUAUUUUAAAAUUAAUUUAGACACUUUGGUUUUUCCUGUCUCAUUGACCGAUUUACGUCUUUCACAAGUAUUGUUAAGUGAAGGAGAAAUACCCUUAAAUGAGAACUUGGAAUCUAUAUUCAUAGAUACGCCAAAACUCACUUUUAGUGGCGAGUUCACAUUGCCCAAACUGGCUAAGAAAUUCACUAUAAAUGCUGAUCAUUUAACUUUUCAGGGGUCAAGGUUUUUGAAAGAGUUACCAACAAAUCUUCUGUCAUUGAGUUUAAAGGCAUACGAAAGCGGUGAGAUGAAAACUCCUGUUGGUAAAAUAAAAUGGCCAUCUUCAUUGAAAUCGUUGGCAUUAAAACGUUUUGAUCUUAAUCACAAGACUUUUAAAAUGUUGAACUUGAGAGAUUCUAAACUUGAAGACAUUGAUAUUUAUAAGUGCAAGCUCGAAAAAUUAGAUGUACAUGCACUCCCAACAAGUGUGGUCGAUUUGAAAUUGGUAAAUGUUGGAAUUGAAAACUUACCUCCGUCGUUGGAAAGACUUGAAAAAUUGAAACACUUGACUUUGAGAAAAAAUCGUUUUGGAAACUUGGUCCCUGUUAAGUUACCUAUGAAGUCAUUGGAAACAAUAAAUGUAAGUCGUUGCUAUCUUCGUACCGUAUCACCGCUUUUAGUUUCAAUGAAAGAAAAGAGAUUUUCCAAAACCAGACUUGAGAUUACUGCAUGGAACAAUCCAAAUUUGGCUGUGGAUGAUGUGUUAAAACUGUUAAAGACUAUCAAAGGGUUAACUGUAAUUGUCAGCAGAUUAGAUGAUGAUAAUUUCAUGAUAGUAUCUCGACUUACUGCAAGCCAGAGAGCUGAAAAGAUAAAUAUUGAUUUCCAUCCAGACAAUCCUGAACUUAAUUAUUUGAUGGAGGCUAACCUUUGUUAUGAUUCUGAUCAGAUUUAUUGUGGUAGUGAAAUCAGUUUGGAUGAUGUAGAGGACGAGAAUGGCGACGACUAUGAAGAUGAGGUGGAGGUUGAAUCCGAUGACAAUGGUGAAUAUACGUAUUAUGACGAGGGUGAAUUAAUAUGA